AAGAUUCUUAAUGCGCUUUCGAUUAUUUGUUUCCUUUUCUCCAUUAUUUCCUUCUAAUUCAUUGACGGGGUAAUCAAGUGACUUUCCCUUGUCUAUUCUUCCAAAUUCCGCCACUUUAUACUUCAUUAUUUUCUUUUUCCUUUUUUAUGCUUUAUACAUUCCAUUUUUAUUCUUCAUUUGAGUCUGAAUUGUUCACUCAGAUUUGGGUUCAUCACAGAAAUAAUAUUAGGUGUUUUAGUCUCUCGAAGUGCUGGUUUUUGAAUGCUUUUGAGAUGCUGAAGUUGGUUUCCAAUAAGUAAAAGAUUAUAGAAUUUGAUUAAUUUUGAGAAUGGGUUGCUUUGAAGGGGGAUGUAUGAGUCCAGAGCUAGGGGAAACUGAUUGUUUCUAUGAAAUUAGACCUGAAUUCGUACAUGAAGUUCCAAAGACACGAUUUAAACCCAGGGUUGGGAAAACACUUAGUAUGAGAAAGUGGAAUUCUGCGUUUACUCUUGAUGGUCAUUUGGAUAUAGCUAAAGUACUUAGCCGAAUCCAACGCGGGGGUGUUCAUCCAUCAAUCAAAGGCGUGGUUUGGGAGUUCUUAUUGGCUUGCUAUGAUCCUAACAGUACCUUUGAAGAACGGAAUCAGCUGAGAAAACAUAGGAGAGAGCAGUAUUCGGAUUGGAAGGCUGAGUGCAAAAAUAUGGAGCCAAUGAUAGGUAGCGGAAGGUAUAUCACAAUGCCCAUCAUCAGUGAAGAUGGGAAACCAGUCCAGUAUCCUUCUAAUAACAAUUGUGAUUCAGAUUCAGAACAUAAUGGAGCUGUUGCUGUUCUCAAUGCCUUCCCCACAAAGCUUGACGUGAAUGUUACUGAAGCUGCUGUAGAAAAGAAAGUGAUUCAGUGGAAACUCGGCUUGCAUCAAAUUGGUUUGGACGUUCAUCGCACAGAUAGAACACUUGUAUUUUAUGAAAGUGCAGCUAAUCUGGCGAAGCUUUGGGAUAUUCUCGCAGUGUAUGCGUGGAUGGAUAAGGACAUUGGAUAUUGUCAAGGAAUGAGUGAUCUUUGCUCUCCAAUGGUAAUUCUAGUCGAAAAUGAAGCUGAUGCAUUUUGGUGCUUUGAACGCUUAAUGCGCAGGGUGCGAGGAAAUUUUAAGUGCACAAAAAAUUCAGUUGGGGUUCAGUCACAACUCAGCACACUAGCAGAAGUACUGAGAGUUGUUGAUCCAAAGCUUCAUCAACAUAUAGAGGAUCUAGAUGGAGGCCAGUAUCUAUUUGCAUUCCGGAUGUUGAUGGUACUUUUCCGUAGAGAAUUCUCAGUUGUGGAUGCCAUGCACCUUUGGGAGAUGAUGUGGGCCAUGGAAUACAACCCAAACACGUUCUCUGCGUAUGAGGAGUUGUAUGAAGAUACAACUAAGUGCAGACUGCCGAAGGAAAAUGAUAUGCAGCUGAAGAAGUAUGGAAAAUUUGAGAGGAAAAAUGUGAAGGCUGGAUCAGAAGAUUCACUAUCUAUCUUCCUUGUUGCAAGUGUUCUUGAGGCCAGGAAUAAGCGGUUUCUGAGGGAGGCCAAGGGUUUGGAUGAUAUUAUUAAGAUCUUGAAUGAUAUAAAUGGAGACAUAGAUGCCAAGGAAGCUUGUAAGGAGGCACUGAAUGUUCAAAAGAAAUACUUGAGAAAGAUCAAAAAAUUGUAAAUAAGAAGGCUGCAUUUUCACACAAAUUGUCACUUUCGAAUCCAAUUUCUGCACCCAGCCAGUCAAAAGAGUGACUAAUGGAGUGCAUAAAAGAGGAUUCUUAUUAUCUGUACCAAUUCAGUUAUACGAGCCUUGUUUGUAUUAUCAACCCAUGUACCCAAGCUUGUAAAAUAGGGUUCCCAUAUUGGCUAAUUUGUUGUUUUGUAUGUUGAAACAAGUAGAGUUGUUAAACGCCUAGAGUUUGUGUCAUAUGUGACGGCUCAAAUUUGGUUGACUAUAAAAAUAUCUUUGAAUGAAUGUAGUUCAUAACUGCUGCUCAAAUUCAUCAC